AUGACUGGCACCUUGAACCACGACCCCACGACCCCAGCAGCCUCGUACGACGCCUAUACGAGGGCGAGUGCCCCGUCUGGAGAAACGACAGUGGCUGUGGCAGCGUCACCAGCACAAGCCCCCACCCCUCGCCACACCUUGCCUGUUGCCAUCGCUGCACCUGCCACACGUACUACCGCUACCUUCUUCGACCCUUGGAACAGCUCCAGCACAGGGCACCAGCGCGCUGAAAAUCGCCUCUCCACAUCCUCCUCAUGGCGUGUGUCGCGCAGCCUGAAGCUACGCGAGCAGUUCAAGGCCGGCCGCGGCGGCGGCAAGCGGGUCGCAGACACGGUGGGUGCUGGCCGUGACGACGCUGCCCCCAACGCCCGCAAGCCAGAUGGGCAGAAGAGUCUUGCUGAGGUCUGGCGUGCGAGCAAGACAGCCAAACGACCGCCAUCGCAAGAGAACGACGUCGGGACCGUUGCCGAACUGACUCCAUGUGCAUCAGGCCACAACCAAACAUAUGCACAAGAAGAAUCCCACGCCUACUCCAAAGGCAGGGCUGGCGAAGAUGGGGCGGCCCCGCUGGAGAAGCAGCAGCUAUUCGUCGGCCUAUGCUUCUACCUAAACGGCUCCACAGCUCCUCUGGUCUCUGACCACAGCCCUGACCCUCGCCGCUAUCGCCCUAUUGCCAUCGCCCUCACCCGCGCCCUCGCCCUCGCCCUACACCUAUUGCCCUCGCCCUCGAUCACCAACGGCCCCGUCGCCGCUAGCCCGCAAACAGCUGCACGCACAUGCAUCACGGCCAACAGUGGAUUGCAACAGUUAAUUGUGGCAGAUAUAGUCCAUUACUCGAGCGUGCCCAAGCCAAAUAGCGUUAUACAAAGCUUUUCCGAUGUGGCAGCGCGCCCAGCAUUAAAUCCGGUUUGCGCUGGCCUUCCUAUGUACAGCCCAGCCCGCAAAAAGCAAUAUAGCCCACCCACUCAAAACAAAUGUAUACUGCGCCUGUCCUAUGCACCCGAUUCCGGAACACCAUGCUUGAUCCAUCGUAGACGACAUAUGCCCUAG